AUGUCUUCCUCAUCAAAAUCUUUCCAAUGGUUGAGCCUUGUGGGCAUCAUAUGGCUUCAAUCCAUAAACGGAACAAACACCACCUUCCCUGCUUACUCAUCCCAACUCAAGAACACUCUCUCAUUGUCCCAACUACAAAUCAACAAUCUCGUCUUCGCCUCCGACGCAGGGAAACUCUUUGGUUGGUUUUCCGGCAUUGCUGCUUUUUACCUUCCCCUUUGGCUAGUCCUCAUGAUCGGCUCACUUCUGGGGUUGAUUGGCUACGGCAUCCAGUUUCUGUUCGUAACAGGCCAAAUCGCAUCUCCAGCAUAUUGGCAAAUAUUCCUGCUCACCAUGGUGGCCGGAAAUAGUGUUUGUUGGAUCAACACCGUUUGCUAUGUUGUUUGCAUUCGAAACUUUCCAUUUCACCAACAAGUUGCUGUGGGACUAACAACAAGUUACCAAGGGCUGAGUGCAAAAAUCUACACAGAUAUAGUUAGUGCUGCUUUUUCUUCUUCACCUCAUAAGAGAGUUCAGGCCUAUCUCCUUCUAAACUCUCUCAUGCCUUUACUAGCCUGUGUUGUAGUGGCACCAUUGGUGACAGAAAUUGAUGUGCUUACAGGGAAGUCAAGAAACAUAGCAACGGGGUUCAACUUGAUGUUCCUUAUAACCAUCGCCACCGGAAUCUAUGCCGUCAUCACCAGUUUAGGAUCAAUGAUCGGCCUAGACAGAAUGAUAGGUACCGGGGUGUUCCUACUCAUCCCCUUGGUAAUCCCAAUUGUGGAAAUCAUCAAAGAAAUUAUAUCAAGACGGUGGAGCCUAGACAGAGAGAAAAGAGUGUACAAUGUCAGCAUAGAUGAUCAUAAAGGCCUUGAGAGCAUAGAAAGUGGUGUGGUGAAAGUCGAAGAAGGAGAGGAAAAUACUCAAAUUAGUACGGUGCAGGUACUUAAUGAGGUCGAUGAAGUACCAGUUCAGCAAGUGUUUGGUGUUAGAGAGGAGAUUGGAGUGAAGUUGAUGGUGAGAAGGAUAGAUUUCUGGUUAUAUUUCCUAGUGUACUUUUUCAGUGCAACAAUUGGGCUUGUGUUCCUAAACACCUUGGGACAGAUAGCAGAGUCAAGAGGUUCAUCCAAAACUUCUUCCCUGGUUUCUUUAUCUUCUUCAUUCGGGUUCUUUGGUCGUCUCAUGCCUUCACUUCUGGAUUAUUUCUUCUCUAGAAGCAAGUAUAUGAUUUCAAGGCCCGCAUUCAUGGCUACAUUAGCUGCACCGAUAGCAGGAGUUUUCUUCUUGCUUCUCGACCCAGCUAACGUCUCGCUUAUCAUCAGCACUGCUAUCAUAGGAGUGUGCACUGGAGCAAUCACUUCUAUUGCCGUCUCCAUAACCACAGAGUUGUUCGGUACCAAGAAGUUCUCAAUAAAUCACAAUGUGGUGGUUUCAAAUAUUUCAAUCGGGUCGUUUGUUUUUGGCUACACAUCUGCUCUUCUUUAUCGCAAGGAAGGCAAUGAAGGUGGUAGGUGUGUGGGAAUGGCUUGUUACAGAAGCACCUUCAUUAUCUGGGGUAGUCUUUGUACGUUGGGGACUGUUCUAGCUUUAAUGCUAUAUGCUAGAACAAGAAAGUUCUACUCCAAAAGAUCAUAG